AUGGGUGCUAUCUUUAGUAAAGAUACCAAAAAAUUAAUGGAUAAGACAUAUGUUUUAUCAGUUCGUUUGUGUGAUAAGGUUAUAAGGCCAUUUUUAUUUUAUUGUUUCACACCCUUAAUAUUUGGAUAUGGUUUAUAUUAUAAUAAUGAAUUUACAAUAAAUCCUCUUAAAUUAAUUCCAAAAGUAUUUAUUGGAUGA